AUGAAGGGUUUAAGCAGAGUUUUCGACCAAGUUACAAGCCUUCGCCUUUCCGAUUCUUGCUUUCUCCUACAAAAGUUGAAGAUGGGUGUUGUAGAGCUCAUCUUCUUCCUCUUUUUUCUAUAUCCAGUUGGUCUUACAGCUGCAGGUCAAGAAGAAAAGGUUCAUGCUUUACAUUUCCACUUCCAUAAUCCUGACCAAUCUUCUUCCAUUGGAGUUUCUGUUAACGAUACUGACAUUCCUAUAAUAUCUUCCACUAUUUUAGCCGCAGAGAACUGGCUAAAGAGCCAUGUUUUGGCUCAUUUCCCAUCGACAAACAUCACUGUAAUUCUGCUCGGUAGAAACAUUCUCUGCAGCCCAGGUCAUGAGCAUGAGCGGAGCUUGAUCCUUCCUUCUAUGAAAAACCUGUACCAUUCUCUAACAAGAUGGGGUCUUCAGGAAGAGAUCAAGGUCUCUACGGCGUUCUCCUCCGAUUGCUUGGAUCCCCUCAAUUUCUACCACAGGUUUCGAGGCGUUGACAACCGGAUCACUCUUAUACAUCUUCUAGGGUUUCUUAAGAAGAAUAAUCUGCCUUAUAUUAUCGACUCAUCUCCCUAUUUAUCCCCUUUGUUUUUGUACUCUUCUCACCGUGCUGCACUGGAAAGGCUUGGGCUUUCUGGGAUUAGAGACAUUAGAGUUUUAACAGCAAUGAAACCCAUUACCAGAAAGCUGUAUUCUUACAGCUCGGCCUAUUUCCCUCAAAAACCAAAGGGGUUAACACCCUCUCAAUUCGCUCCUGUGCCUGAUAGUUCAUUGUCCUUCUCUCCAUAUUCAUCUCCAGAUGAAAUCCCUACAAACCCACCCGAGGCCGUUGGAGUUCCAACGCCGGGCUGUUUGCCUGUGGCUGCUCCGGUGCCAGGGGAGGCGGAAGAGAGCAAUGGAGGUUUGUGGUGUGUUGCAAAGCCGACGGUUCCAGCUGAGAAGCUCCAGGAGGCUAUAAACUAUGCCUGUGGAGAGGGCGGGGUUGACUGUGAAGAGAUUAAGCCUAAUGGGAUGUGUUAUUUUCCUGAUAAUGUGAUUGCUCAUGCUUCAUAUGCUUUCAAUAGUUAUUGGCAGUUGAAGAAACAGAUGGGAGGAAGCUGCAGUUUUGAUGGAACUGCCAUACUGAUAAAUUCUGACCCAAGUAUUUUUCUUAUGUCUUCUUAUUACCUUACUGGCCUAGUUGUUCUUACAGCUGCUAUGAGCUAUUUUGGCAUUGGCAUUUCUAUCUUUUAA